CAUAUUCUAGAACCAAAUAGCUAGCCAGCUAGCCGAAGGAGGCUAAUAUCUCCUCCUCACAUAAUUGGGUCGACAAUAAGCUAUUUCACAAACUAUUAAUUCAAACACGCCAAUCAUGUUCUCUGUAAGGGGUUUGAGUUGUCUUCUUGUCUCCCAGUCUCCGUGUUGUGAAAGCACGGCCGUGUUAUAAAAGAGUGAAAUAAACCGGCUGGAGCAGAAAACUGAGGCUGGCUAACGGUGGCUGUUAGCUCCGGGGCUACUGCAAGUAAGGCGACCAUUACUGUCGAGGAGGCUUCACACCGCUGGGUACUUGUGUCAGUCAGUUGCCAUAAUAGGAGGGAAAGUGAGAUUGGUGGCCUAUGAGGAAGCCACGUCGAAAAGGCCAAGUGGCUGCAGGAGGAGGUGGAGAAGAUUUCAAAAAGUCCAAUGGGACCGUUGGUGGGCGUGGGGCUGCCCGCCAGCGAUCCCCCUCCCCUUACAGCCUCAAAGCCUCCCCAAGCAGAGAAACCCUGUCUUAUGCUCAAGCCCAGAAGGUGGUGGAGGUGGAACUUGAUGGAAGGCUCCACCGCAUUUCCAUUCUGGAGCCCUUGGAGGUCAUCACUGAAGAUGAGAUGAAGGCUCAGGACAUUAGUGAGUGUAACAGCAACAAGGAGAACAGUGAACAGCCAUCGACUCCCACCAGCAGUGCCCAAACAGCCCGCAAAGCAUCCACACCCCGAGGUCGCAGGAGAGACUCCAAAUGUCCUCCUGUCAAGUCAUCUCCACCUUCUAAGAACCACUGUUCCAAUUCUCAUCCGCCAACACCUGAAAAGGUAAACGCGUCACACCACAACCUCCCUGAACCCAAAUUUCGUGUGCUGGAAACCUUCACACCAGUUAAGGCAGAACCUCUUCCCGCGGCGUAUUACCGUUACAUUGAACGUCCGGCUGAGGAGCUGGAGGCUGAGGCAGAGUAUGACAUGGAUGAAGAGGACACCGCCUGGCUGGACAUGGUGAAUACAGGCCGGUCAUCGGAAGGUUACACUGCUGUCUCGCAGGACACCUUUGAGCUGCUGGUGGACCGCAUGGAGGAGGAGGCGUACCGGGAAGCUCGCAGUCGGGCUCCCUCUCAGACUACUGUAGACGACGAUGCCUUCUGCUGCGUGUGCCUAGAUGACGAGUGCCUCAACAGCAACGUCAUCCUUUUCUGCGACUCCUGCAACCUGGCUGUGCACCAGGAGUGUUACGGAGUGCCCUACAUACCCGAGGGCCAGUGGCUGUGCCGCUGCUGCCUCCAGUCCCCUCAGAAACCUGUAGACUGUGUUCUGUGUCCAAACCGUGGUGGCGCCUUCAAGCAGACCAGCGAUGGUCGUUGGGCCCACGUGGUCUGUGCUAUCUGGAUUCCUGAAGUCUGCUUUGCCAAUACUGUUUUUCUAGAACCAGUGGAAGGGGUCAAUAACAUUCCCCCAGCACGCUGGAAGCUGACGUGCUACCUGUGCAAGCAGAAAGGACGAGGUGCUUCAAUUCAGUGUCACAAAGCUAACUGUUACACUGCGUUUCAUGUCACGUGUGCGCAGCGUGCAGGACUCUUUAUGAAGAUAGAUCCUGUGAGAGAGACAAACGUCAAUGGGACCACCUUCUCGGUAAAGAAGACAGCUUUCUGUGAGGCCCAUUCACCACCAGGACAAGAGAGCGCCUCAGACGAGGAGAGUGAAGGAAGAGUGGUGGGGAGCAGAGGGAGGGCUAGUAGAGGAAGAAGCGCCUACACACAAGGUCCUAUAACACCCAAAAAAGGCAGAAAGUCUGAGGACGAUGCCAAGACGGACAAAAAGAAAGGGAAGAAGGGAGCAGAGUCAACAGAGCAACACAACACUUCACCACAAGUGACAGUGCCUCAGAUACCCACAAGCAGGCUAACUAUUAUAUGCAAAGGAAUCCUAUUCCAGAGGAAAAACCAGUUCAUGCAGAGGCUUCACAACUACUGGUUACUGAAGCGUCAGUCGAGGAAUGGUGUGCCGCUGGUCCGGCGUUUGCACUCAAAUAUCCAGACCCAAAGGAAUACUGAACCGCCCGAGGUGGAUGAGAAGGUUUCUGCUGCAAGAGAAGCACUAAGAUACUGGCAGAAGCUGCGGCAUGACCUGGAGAAAGCUCGGCUGCUGGUAGAGCUCAUACGCAAGAGGGAGAAACUGAAACGAGAACAGGUCAAAGUUCACCAAGCAAAUCUGGAGAUGCAGCUGACCCCGAUGUUGAUGCUGCUCCGCUCCACCUUGGAGCAGCUACAGGAGAAGGACUCAGGCCAGAUCUUUGCAGAGCCAGUCGACAUCAAGGAGGUCCCAGACUACCUUGAGUUCAUCAGCCAGCCCAUGGACUUCUCCACAAUGUGCUCAAAGCUGGAAAGUCAUGCCUACCGCUCAGUGUCUGACCUGGAGACUGAUUUCAACUUGAUGGUGUCCAACUGCCUCCUGUACAACAACAAGGACACCGUCUUCCACCGGGCAGCGCUGCGUCUUCGAGAUUUAGGGGGAGCCGUACUGCGCCAUGCCCAACGACAAGCUACCAACACUGGCCUGGACUUGGACACGGGCAUGCUGCUUCCAGAGUCCCCGCAGAAAAGAGACUUUUACAGCUGCACCUGGGAGGACAUCGACAGCGUGUUGGACCCAAACAACCGGCUCCACAUGAGCGUCGAGGAACAGCUGAAGGAGCUCUUAGAGAAAAUGGACUUUGUCACGUCUAUGAGAUGCAGCGGUGCACGGACGAAACGCAUCCGCCUGCUCCGUCGAGAGAUCACGAACAUCCGCAGACAGGGACAGAACCCCCGCUACGGCCUUUUCAACGGACAUCUGAAAGAGGAAGACGACGAUGAGGAAGACGAGGAGGAGGAGGAAGAUGACAACAAAGACACCAAGGCAGAUAAUGGCCGGUCGUCUUCAUACAAAGAAGAUCUGAAAUCUACAUCACCACCGACACUGGAACCAACAGGUCCGACUCCACCUCCACGACAGGGGGACACACCUCUGGAGCCGCCCACCCUGCGGCCAAUCACAGGGGAGCCCAAGACCCCCAACUGGGCCUGCAAACGCCUGAAGAUGGAUGGAGACCUCUCAGGCAGCACCACAGAGAACAAUAAUUGCACUAAAGCUGAGGAGCGGCCAGUGUCACCGCCUCCCAUUUUGCACAGCCAAGGACAGGUGGUGGCAAACGGCCUGCCGGAGCUCAGCACCCCCCCACGGCCCACCAUAGCCGGGGUCGGACGUAGAACCUCUGUGCUGUUCAAGAAGGCAAAGAAUGGAGCUAAGCUGUUCAGAGAGAGAGACAGUGUUAUGAUGAACGGAAAGGGACCCCAGGACAACAACACGAGUGACCCCCCUACUGCACCCAGCUCCACAGCAAGUACCCCGUCCACCACACCCCUGUCCACUCCAUCCAAGACCCAACAGAAAAGUCCCGGACCACCAACCAUCAAUGAGAAAUGUACCCCCAUUCGGGAAACAUGCUCAGACAGUGAGCUGGAGAAGACAUCAAAUCACACACUGGAAAGUGGACUGACCAACGGCUUCAAUAAGCACAAAGACGGCGGGUCCGACUCUGACUACAGCCCUUGUCCAGUCCUUCACAAAGAAAUCAGCUCACCUCCCAAACGAAGCCUCGGAAAACCGUCUCUUUCCAAAGUUCCCUUCCUGGACAUCGUGAACGGAGACUUGGACUACACCAGCAAUGGAGGCCAGAUGUCUGAGGAUGAUACGGAGCUGGAGCCGCUACAACUGGUGUGGGCCAAGUGUCGGGGAUAUCCCUCCUAUCCUGCUCUGGUCAUCGACCCAGAGAUGCCCGAGGAAGGCCUGCUGCACAACGGGGUGCCCAUCCCUGUCCCACCCAAAGAAGUCCUCCACCUGGGCGAGCAGAGGCAGGAGGAGACCAACGACAGGCUCUACCUGGUGCUGUUCUUUGACAACAAGCGGACAUGGCAGUGGCUCCCACGGGACAAGGUGACACGCCUGGGUGUAGACGACACAGCAGACAAGCUGCGUAUAAUGGAGGGACGCAAGACCAGCAUCCGCAAGUCGGUCCAGGUGGCGUACGACCGAGCCAUGAUCCACCAGAGCAGGGUCAGCCACAACCACGGCUUUGUGGCCUCUAACUACCUGUAGAGGGCGACAGUGAGCCCUGUGUGCUCCCUAAAUCAGCCACUAUGCAUUUCUCCUUCGUCUUAAAGCAGCAGGUGGGCAGAGUCCUGCUGCGAGCUGAAUUUGUAUUCACACUGUGGUCUGAAGAGGUUGCUGUGGCAGCACAGAGUCCUGAACUGCAGUUCUUUACCAAACCACUAGUGUGCGACACACAGAGCUGUGCUGAUUGCCUUUAUGUCGUCCUCGUUGAUGUGGAGCUCUGAUGAAUGACGGCACCUUUAGGUUCCAAGAUGCUGUGGUCAGUAAGAGUUAGAUCACUGAUCAGGUGUGUAUCAAGGUACCUGCUUACUCCACCUGGAUGUGCUGCAGGUGUGUGUCUGGAUCACAUGUAAAAGAAUUCCCCUUUAUUUUGUACAAUGCUACUGCCAAGGAAUCAAAUUGUCAGAAAAGAGAUUUGACAUAUUUAUAUGAGACGCAGAAGACUUAUGAAUGGAUCACUGCCAUCUUUUAUACAAUAGCUUUUUACAUUUUAAUCUUUUACAAAGACACUUGUAUAUUAUAAAGGCACACUUUGUGUACAUAUGUACGUGUAUUAUCAAACCCAAUUUAAUUUAAUGUUGCUGUUUUUAAAAUGCGUAUUUCAAUCAACCCACACGGGGCAAAGCGAGGCUGUGUAUAUUUGUGAACAUAAAAUAAUUCCUGACUUGCUGCAACUUCUUAGCUUGUCUCUGAUGUAAUUUCAUUGUGCUGUGUGUGUAUGUGUGUGUGUACAUUCAGAGCAUACAACACAAUGAGCCAUUGUUCUUUAUAUUUGAAUUCUCUUUUUGAUACAGAGAGAAAUAAUUUAUUUAUGGAAGACAGAAUUUUAGAAAUAAAGCUAUAUUGGUUUAAGUGGAGGAUUAAAUCGUAUUUAAAGUAGAGUGAGGUUUUAAAAACAUGCAGCCAACAUUUUAACCCACAAGUUCACGUGUUUGGUUUGAUGUUGAUGAUUUGAGUCAAAACUGAGCAUCAUUCACUGACCCCCCAGAAGAGUCUAUUUAUUGUCCAGAGCCCCAUUUUAUCAAAUGGAAAAUACACCUUUAUAAGCUUGUACUACAUGCAUAUUUUACCUGCUCACCAAAUAUUUUGUCUGAACCAGUAUUUCCACAUUUUGGGAAUAUGCUCUAUUAAAAACUUUUUGAGAUACUUA